GGUAAAGAUCAAAUAUUUUUCUCACAAGACAAAGUGAUGUAUUUGAGAAUAGAACAAGGAUUAGGUCCCCCUCGGUAUAUUCCUCUCUCGGGGGCCCUAGCCCCAGCCAACCUACUCUAUGGUACAGGCACUAUCAUUUAUGGACCCACAGAGAAAUCCAUGAUGGCUGGGAAAGGAUUAUCUGACGACGAGAAAAUAGAAUUGAAGGAACAAUUUCUGCAGAUAGACAAGGACGAGUCAGGGUUUAUUGACUUUAAUGAAUUAAAAGAAGCACUUGACUUAGCUGGAUUUAAGGUUCCUGGCUGGAGAGUGAGAGAUCUCAUAGACAAGUUUGGACGAGAGAAAGAAGUAGAUCAUGUUGCAGCACAGAGAAAACUAUCUUAUCAUGAGUUCGAACAUCUUUGCUGUGAGCUGAAAUCCAAGGAUGUGUCCCAGACCUUUAAACAGAAAAUAUCAAGGAAAGAAAAUAUUCACACCCAUGGAGGGAUAUCAGAUGCUAGUGCAGAAGGUACAACCCACUCUGUACGGUUUGAAGAGCAGCUAGCCUUCUCUGACUGGGUCAACACAAACCUGGGUCAUGAUCCUGAUCUUAGGCAUAUACUCCCCCUAGAUGGGGAGGGAUUGAACCUCUACGAGGCUGUGAAGGACGGAAUACUGCUUUGCAAGAUUAUAAACCACAGCUGUCCUGACACCGUUGAUGAGCGAACUAUUGAUAUGAAACCAAACAGUGUUUAUAAAAGGCAUGAGAAUCUAACCCUGGCUCUAUCUUCUGCUCAGAGUAUAGGAGUAAAUCUUGUAAACAUUGAUGCUAAUGAUCUGAUUAAGGGAACACAACAUCUUGUAUUAGGAUUACUCUGGCAGAUUAUAAGAAUUGGAUUAUUUAAUCAGAUUUCUCUCGAACAAUGCCCAGGCCUAGCAAAUCUUCUUCAGGGUGGUGAACAACUUGAUCAGUUGAUGAAAAUGUCCCCUGAAGCCAUUCUUCUCAGAUGGGUAAACCACCAGCUGGAGAGGGCUGGCGUGCAGACAAGAAUCAACAAUUUCUCCGCAGACAUUAAGAAUUCUGAAGCCUAUACCCAUCUUCUUCAUCAGAUAGCUGCCCCUGAUUCAGGGGUUAAUAAGGAGGCUCUUAUGGAGGAUGACCUGCAAGCUAGAGCAGAGCGGAUGCUUGAGCAAGCGGAUAAGCUCGGCUGCCGGGCGUUUAUAUCUCCACAGGUGAAUGUCGUCUUUGUAAAUUCCCUAAACCUAUGCACAAACAGAAAAACGCGCUGUGCAACAUUUGAAACAUACAGGAACUGGAUGAACUCCCUGGGAGUGUCCCCCUACGUGAACUGGUUAUAUUCAGAUCUAGCAGAUGGUCUCGUCAUAUUCCAGCUUUAUGAUAUAAUACAACCUGGUGCUGUUACUUGGAAUAAAGUUCAUAAAACUUUUAACAGAAUGAGAAAGUUUAUGGAGAAACUAGAAAACUGUAAUUAUGUUGUGGACUUGGGCAGAAAACAAAAAUAUUCCCUAGUUGGGAUAGCAGGUCAGGAUAUCUGUGAUGGAAACGCUACCCUGACACUGGCCUUGGUUUGGCAGUUAAUGAGAUCAUAUACCCUCAAUGUCCUAGCCAACCUAGGGGAGGGGAAACAUAUCGAAGGAGAUAUAAUAAAGUGGGUCAAUGACAAACUGCAGACAGCAGGAAAAUCUUCAAAAAUUUCCAGCUUCCAGGAUGGGAGUAUAUCUACAGGAUUGCCCCUGAUAGAUUUGAUAGAUUCUAUCAAACCUGGCUGUAUUAACUACGAUCUUGUCUUAGAUCCAGACACAGAGGAGGAUAAGAUAGCGAAUGCUAAGUAUGGAAUAUCUAUGGCUCGAAGACUGGGUGCACGUGUCUAUGCUCUACCGGAGGAUAUUGUAGAGAUCAAACCCAAGAUGGUGAUGACGGUGUUUGCUGUUCUAAUGUCACGUGACUAUGUCCCAAAUAUGGAUUCUAAACAGUGAAUUCUACGCGGCAGAAUCAGAAAAAUUGCGCGUCACGACAAAUUCGAGAAUUUACAUGUUUAUAUUUUGAAUUUUAAUAUUUUUUCUCGGUGUAAUUUGCCAUGACAGUAUGCCAAUGUGUCACAUUUUUAGACUAACCCUACAACAAAUCGUAAUGUAAUGUAAUUUUGUCACUUAAUAUUUUUUUUUGUUAUUUUGUUGCCAAAUAAUAGUUCUGAAGUCGCAAUAAAGAUAGUUAAUAACGUGCCUAAACCCAUAAAUUUUGAUGUGCCUAACUUAAGUAACCGUGCCUAAUUUUUGUAAAAUAAAGACUACCAUGGCUCUUUAGGUUAUAUUUUAUAUUUAAAUUUUGAAGUAAAAAAACUGUUAUUUAUUGAGAAGUACUUAAGCUACCUUAGAACUAUACAAGGUUAUAAUACAA